AUGAAACUGUCAAUCAGACGUCGAUUUAGUCGAAGAAGCGCUUCAAGUCGUUGUUGCCCUCAUGUAUACCUGGAGUGGUACUCUUGUGCACUUGGUGUGGCUCAUGACAAUCGCUAUACCAUUUUGAUUCCCACAGCACAAACAAGUUUAGGCAAUUUAGCCGAGAACGUACGGCUACGUGGUAUCUCCGCGUGUCCGUAUUGUCAUCAAGGUUUUGGAAGCGCUUCAUUAUCAAUUCAUGUAGGACGAUGUCGUGCGCGGCUACCUCCAAGUUAUGAAGAAGCACAAGCAGAAGAAGAGCAAAAACGUGUUAAUCAAAAGAAGAAACCUGUGAUUCACUCCCUCGUCGAUCUAUGCCUUCGCUUGGUGGCGAAACAUUUCAAGUCUAUUUGCAUGGACAGAAUUUCAGCAUUUCCUGAAGCAGAAGCGGCCUUGAUCUCAUCCUUGCCAAGUAACUUGGUGCAUCGUAUGGUGGUGAAUCUGGUUAAAGAUAAUAAACGAGUUGAGAUACAAAAUCAAGAGAAUCGAGCGACAAUUAAGAAACUCAAAAGUGCGUUACAGGAAGCAAAUCAAUCUUUAAAUCAGCUUGAAUCAGCACGGAGAUUGGCGGCAAAUAGUCGCACGAAGAUAGCGGAGCAAAAUAAUGGUUUUCAUAGGCUGCAGCUUGAGCUGAAGUCCGCGAAAGAUAAAGAGUCAAUUGCUGAAAGAAAUAACCAGCGAUUACAAACAGAAGUCACAAGCGCAAAGAAGAAGUUGCUGUGUUACGAUGCCAAGGUUAACAAACUGAAGUCUGACAAAGUUGAACUGGAAAAGGCUUUGAUCGAAUCUCAAAGACGCGAAAUGGAGACGACAAAGCAAUUGGCUUUAGCACGAAAGGCAAAUAUUGGAGUUAAUAGCUCACGACACAGAUGUGGUAGAUCUAAAUAUCGUCAGAGCACAGCUCAGCUGUCGACUUCAACGUGUCGCUCUUCUGAAAAAAAUAUCAAUACCAGUACUCUCGAUUUAUGUAAAUCCAGUUCACACGCACAACAGAUUACAAAAACAAACAUUUCUUUCCCGUCAUCCAUUUGUCCUCCAGCUCAGCAACAUCAAAACCAAGACGAAGAAUUACUCGAUUAA